GUGCAAGCGGGCCGAUCGGCCUGUUCGGCUGCCCUUAGAUGCUCACUCGACUGCAGUGAUUGCUUUGCCUGCGCCGAAGGCAGUGAUUGGGGAGGGAAGGAUGUCGCGAAGCGUCGAGAACCGGCUCGCAACAAGUGUUUUUUCGCACCCUAACUCGUCGGGCGACGGUUCUUUCAAAUCAACGCGUAUGUGCGUGUGUGUGUGGACAAAUGCAUGAUGAGUGCAUGGCAGUGUCUGCGGCCUCUGCAGCCAAUGGAUACAGUGACCAACCCGACGCAUGUCUCUCGUUAACACACGGUUGCUGAUGUGACUGACGCACACAUGGCAUGAUACUGUCUGUCUGUCUACCCUGUUCGUUCUACACGCACCCAUCCCCCCACCCCAACAGGCACAACAAGCACACACGCACGAUGAUGGAUGGCCGGGCCCAUAAAGGACUUUGCAAAUCACAUCUAGUAAAACACCCGCACGCACAUGUGCAACGUCACGCGCUCGGCAGGCAGGCAGGCAGGCAGGCAGGCAAAUCAAUCAAUCCCCCCCGCCCAUCGACACACACACACACACACACACCACACACACACACAGACACACAUACAACGCACAGAUGAAGCAGUCCCACCAGGUGAGCCGGCCGGCCGAUCGGCCUGUGUGAGUCGGCACACACGCAUCCGGCCGGCCGGCCGGCAGGCACGCCGCAGCCAAGAAAUGAUAAGCACACUGUCUGUCUUACGCACCUACCUACGCGUGCGUACCAACGAUUGGUAAUACGAAAAAAUGAAUGGCUGGCUGGCUGGCUGGCUGUACAAGAAGAGAUUCGUGGAGGAUGGCUGGCUUGGCUGGAUGGAUAAGUGGAUGGAUAAGUGGAUUGGAUGGGUGUGGUUUGGUGAGUGUAUUGUGUGUGUGAGAGUCUGUGGCCUCGCGUCGCGUGUGACUCGACUGUUUGGGAAAAUUGACACGCGUGAGAUGGCGUACGAACGUCCACCCAUCCGCUUUGGGAGAGAUAGUGCUGCUGAGCUGAGCUGACAUCAUCUACGUCUGGCUGGCUGGCUGGCUGGCUGCAUGGCUGCAUGGCUGGCUGCACGCACACGAUGGACGGAUGGACGGAUGGAUGGAUGGAUGGUACAACAAGACAGACGGAAAAACAGCCGUGACGAGCAACAGCCUGCCUGCGAUUGGUAACUACGUAAGAAGGGCACCGCCCCGCCCCGCCCCGCCCACAUGCAAUUUACUUGCGAUAGAUCGCUACGAUUACUGCAUCCACUCACUGUACAGAAGGGCAAAUAACACACCAACCAACCAACCAAAAGCAAGACACACCGAACGAACAUCCACCCCACCUGUACACUAAGUACAACACCCAACACACAACACACAACGAAGCCAAUGCAUGCACUAUAAUGUACAAAAAGACCAAAACACACCGAACGAACGAACGAACGAACCGACCAGCCCAACCUAACCCAGCGGGCGACACCCACCCAACCACGCACGCAAACCGUAAACAAAACCCAACUGGCUGACAACACACACAAACCGAAAAACCGACCCUCACCCCAACCGACCCUCAACCGACCAUCCGCCACACCAACAGGCAAGCUAACCUCUCUUUCUAUACACUCACUUCCACGUGGACCCACACACAACCCAACCCAACCCAACCCGCCGAAUGAAUGCAUUGGGUCUGUCUGUCUGUCUACUUUCUUUACUUGCCCUUGAGGUGCCGAACGCGUGACGUUUUCUUGGCCUGCACGCACUGGCCCGUCUUGUCGUCGUACACAAAGUGCUUGGGGCAGCUGCGCUUGGGUUUGGCCGUGUCGACCCGCUGACACCUCGCGCCCUUCUCGUCGCCCUCCACCGGAGAGUAGUUCUUGGGGCAGUAGGUCUCUUUCGCCUCAUACGCCUUGCCCUCACACAUACUGCAGACAGACAGACACACAAAGAAGAGACAGCCACGCGGGCAUUGGAGUGAGUGACUGAGUGAGGGUGUGUUCGUGUGUUCGUGGGCGGGGAGCGAGGGAGGGAGAGGGUGCGGUACCUACCCAGUGUUUCGGUUGUAUGUCGUGUCGUCCGAGCAUUGCCGUGCAGGCCCCUGGUAGACGUCGGUGACGCACUCGCCGUUGAUGAGGUAAUACUUGGGCGGACAGUAUCGCGUGGGCGGCACCUGCUGCGUCUGAUGAACCACACACACACACACACACACGCACACGCACAAAGCGACACACACCGAGGUAAAUGGUGUUUGUGCUUGCAUGCUACGCGUGUGAAUGUCCGUGAGUUAGUUACCUUUUCGCACAUGUUGUCUUUGUACUCGUAGGACUUGGGGCACAGCAGCUUCGGCUGCCCUUGGAGCUCCUGCACACACCGGUCCUUCUCGAGGUCAUACUCUGCACCAACACACCACACCAACAACACUUGAGGGGACUGGACUGCCGAAAAGGCCAACGGCCGAUCUCACUCACUCACCAGGUGGGCAGUCGUAGUCGGGCCUGGCCUCGACGUACUUAAUGCACACAGUACCGUCUUCGCUGAGAAUGGUGCCCUUGGGACACCUGGGCUCCUCGUUGGCCUCUCUCACCCUCUCGCACACACCAUUUCGCAGCGUGUACCUGACCAAACAGAGUGAACACAACACAACACAUUACGGAAGGAACAACAGACACUGAUAGAUGCAGCAGAGAUUGGGGCAGUACGCCCCUCCCUCCCUCUCUCUCUCUCUCUCUCUCUCUUCAUGUGUGUGUCGCAUACCCUUCAGGGCAUUUCUGCGUGACGUUUGCCGUCCUCAUUCGCACGCACGUGUUGUUGACCACCUCGUAGUCGGGCGGGCAAGUGAACUGAGGCAAGACCUCUUCCUCUUUCUCACACGGGGGAGGGCUGCCGUCCUGCAAUCCACAACACACACACAUACACCACACAGCACACACACAUUUUCGAGCCCGUCUGUUUGCUGACGCACUCACUGACGCACUCACCGAGCAGACAGUCUCUGGCGGUUCGGUCAUGAUUUGGCAGACCGACUUCUCGCAGUUGCCUGUCUGAUUGUUGUAGGUGUACGCUGCGGGGCACUUGAUGACCUCGUCCAGGAUCUCCUCCUUCUUGCACACCCCGUCGACCAGCUCCCCGUCGUCGCACGAGGCCGUGGCCACCAGCUGGUCCUCCUGCACACACUCGUCGUUCCUGCAGGAAUGAAACAAUGAAACGAACCAGCCAAAACACACACACACACACACACAUAGGAGAGAUCUAUCGGUCACAUGCCGUCCUGUCUGUCCUUGCAACGUACGCGGUGUAUUCAUAGCCCUCGGGACACUCCUUCUCAGUGUCGGUCUGCUCCAGUGCCACACAAGUGCCGUUCCGCCGCUCAUAGCCGUCGGGACAGACCCCCUCAGCAGGGCCCGCCACCUGCUUGACGCAUACCCCAUCGGCGUGGUCGCCCUUCUUGUGAUGCUUCGGAGCCGCCACCACGUGCUUCUUGUGGUGCGUCUUCGGCGGCGUCACCUCUUUCUUGUGAUGCUUCUCGGGCGCGGGAGCCGUCUUCUUGUGGUGCUUCGGGGGCGGGCUCUUCUUGGGCGGGGGCUCUUUCUUGGCUUGCAGCUGGCGAGUGUGCUUCUUGUGUCGGUGGGGCUGGAAGUCGUAACCGUCGGGGCAUGACGGCGUGGGGUCCUCAUACUUCUUGCGCACACACACACCUGGCACGCGACACACAGAAGAAUCAAUUGAUGGGAGCAUGCUUGCAGACCAGACCGGGGCAUGGCAUGGUGACCGACCGUUUCUGUAGGUGCCUUCGUCGCACUCCUCCUUCGGAUGCAGCUGCAUCACCCUGAUGCAGGUCAUCUCACCGGGCUUCUUCUCGUACCCCUUCGGGCACCUCAUCUGUACAAGGAAUGCACCAAACCCAUGCAUGGAUGUGUGUGGUUCUUGCCUGCCUCAGGGGAGGGGUGUCUAGUCUACCUGGGGGUCCGCCCUCUUGGUGGUGACGCACUUGCCGUCGAACUUCUCGGUGCCGUCGGGGCAGUCGACGUCGGGCGGGUGCGAUAUCACCUUCACACACUGACGCUUGUUGCUGCUGUCCGGUUUGUAGCCUGUGUAUGACACACACACACACAGACAGAGGCACAGAAAGGGAUCUGCAGAUGUGGCCCAAUCUGAAUAUAUAUAUAUAUAUAUGUGUGUGUGUGUGUGUAUGUGUGUGUGUGUGUGUCGCGUACCACUUGGACAUCGCACCUCUGCAGGAGCGUACUCAACCUGCGUGUGUCCAUGGAGCAAUCACACACACGAACGCCCCCCACCAAUCCGAUCAUCAACCGGGUGUGUGUGUGUGUGUGUGUGUGUGUGUGAGCGUGGCCCCAUGCCCAUGCGCACCUUUUCGCAUUGCUUGCCAAUCAUCUCAUAGCCCUUGGGACACUCAUGCGUCGGCGCUGCUACUGUCGACCCUGCAUGACAUGACAGGAUGAAAACCAUCACAACACUGAGGCAGGCCCUCAUGCAUCCCUUCAUCUCAUCUUCUCGCGCACCUUUCUUGGUGCCCUGGGCCGCACCCCUGAAGCUCAUCAGCGCCCACAGGAAGAAUAAAAGACGGAGGUGGAACGGUAAAGCGAACGACGACGAUGUCGAUGAGGGCCUCAUCGGACAGACGAGAGAGACAGAUCAGUCACACACACAGAUAGAUAAAAACGACAGAAAGAAUCAACUGCCUCAAGGCUGUGGCUUGGGUGUGGUGUAUGCGAUAGAUGUGGGAGGUGCGAUGCGAUAUCUGGUGCCAGGUGCGUGCGAUGGUACGAUAGGUACGAAACCUAAAUGGUCUGGGCUCCCUCCUCCCCUCUG